ACCUGUCUGCCACCACCACCUGCACUACUUUUCCCCGGCUCUCUCUAAAUACUCCUGCUUGCUGCUUCUCCACCCUCUCCCUCUCCCUCUGACCGCGACCGACCUUGCUGCUCACUCGACUUUUAUCCGCUGACCCUGCUGCUUCACGAAUCCCUUCACUCUCUCGCCGGCCUGACCAUUCCUUUACGCAUUCAACCACCCCCUAGGACCCCUCUCCAAAACGUAUCCAUGCCACCUCUCUUGCAUAUACCGACUUCUGUCAUCGAACUCUGGCAGGCUCUAAUGUCUCUGCUUGACUCGUAUAUCAUCAUGCCCACUCUGUCCGAGGUCCUAUCUCCAACCCGACUGCGAUUACGGAAGCGUGCCCGCGACGUUGUCCCCCACUCCCAACGAAAUAUGCACGAUUUUCUGUUCGAUGUGAAGAGUACUUUCGAGGCCCCUCUGAGCUUGGACAGUCUGCUGGCUAUGUCUACACAGCUUCAGGAUGAAUUCCGGCAGAAACUCCAGUCCAGCACCGAAUGCAUGCUUCCCUCUUUCAGCCACACCUUGCCAACUGGUGACGAACGCGGCACCUUCCUUGCGCUGGAUGUUGGUGGUACCAACUUCCGCGUGGCUCUGGUGGAACUGAAUGGAAAAGACUCGACCACGAGCGGCAUGUGGAUGUCAAAGAUGCGAAGCUUCAGGAUCGACAAUGCAGUCAGGUCGCUUCCUGGUGCUGCUUUCUUUGACUGGAUGGCGGAGAAGAUCCAAGAGGUUCUCUCACAAUCGGACAUCCAGAACACUGCAGUUCUGUCAAUGGGCCUGUCAUGGUCCUUCCCUAUUGCACAAACAUCACAAAAAACUGGAACCAUACUGCCCAUGGGCAAAGGUUUCCGCGCCAGUGACGGUCUAAUUGGCAAAGACCUCAGCCUGCAGCUGAUGGAAGCUUGUCGCUCCAAGGAUCUUAACGUGCGCGUUGAGGCCAUCAUCAAUGACUCUUCAGCAACUCUACUCACUCGUGCGUUUGCAGACAACGCUACCAGGAUUGCACUCAUUCUUGGCACUGGCUUCAACGCCUCUGCACAUCUUCCCGUGAAUCUGUUUUCGCAAGAAAAGUUUGGCUCGCGUCCGGAGACGUGGCAUGAGAAAGCCGAAAAUGUUCUCGUCAACACUGAGCUUAGCAUGUUCGGCAAGACUGUCUUUCCCCUCACAAAGUGGGACGAGCAGAUCAAGAAGAAUCACCCAAAGCCCGACUACCAGCCGUUUGAGCACCUCAUUGCUGGUCGCUAUCUGGGAGAGAUCACUCGAUUGAUCCUUCUAGACGCCAUCAAGACUGCCGGACUGUUCGGUGGCGAAAUACCAGGAAACUUUUCCGAGGAACACUCGUUUGACACUGCCAUCAUGGCUGCUUUUGAAUCCGACGAGACCAAGCACCUCUCGACGGCCAGUGCCGCCUUCCUGGCUGCACACCCGCUGAAAUGGACGCCCAGCCACAGCGAACUACAUAUGAUCCGUCAAAUCUGUAGCCUAGUAACUCAUCGUGCUGCUGCGUUCCUCGCGACUGGCACCCAUGCGCUCUGGUAUCUCCGGACAACGGCCGAGGGACUCAACCCAGCCAAGUCCGGGCGCAUCUCCAUUGGCUGCAACGGCUCCGUCAUCGAACGAUACCCGUCAUUUAAGACGGUGUGCCAAACCUAUCUCGAUGAUCUGACUACCAUGUCAGGGGCACAGCCAAACUCGGUAAUGCUCGAGCCGGCCGUCGAGUCGGCCAUCUUUGGAGCGGCCGUGGCAGCAAGUUGUGAAGACUAGACGAAAACCUGCUCAAAUCAUCUAUAUCGACACGGACAAGUCGUAUCAUCACACAACAUCCAGCGACUUUGCAUAGGCCAAUCGGACACACGUCCUGCAUGCAUAUUCGA